CCCGCCAGCCGGGCCACCGCCGCCAGCUCCCCCGGCUACCCGAUGAAGUUCCAAGGCGGCGACUCGGAGCUGCUGGGCAUGCCGGCCGACUCGCUACUCAUGGGCUCCAUGACGUGCUGGGGGUCCGGACUCUCCGGACUGCCUAGCCCCGACCAGUACAAGCUGCUGCUGGACGAGGACAAGGGCUCCCUGGACUCGCUCGACUCCAAGGUGGCCAUGGACACGUUGGACAGCUUGCUCCUCUCCUCCACUGACGACGUCAACGACGUGGACGACGUCGUGACGGAGGACAACUUCGCCGAACUGAAGCCCCUGCCGCCGUUCACGGGCUACACAGGCCACCUCAGCAUCAACGGCAUCUCCGGCCACCACUAUCACACGAUAGCGGCGCCGCUGUCCCCGGACAUCGUGGAGACGAGCCUGGAGAACAACAACAACACCCAGGUGCAGAACCACAACCAUGUGCACACGUCGGACUCGGCGUCGACGGCGUCCACGGCGUCCAACGGCUCGAGCGUGGGGCUGUCCUACUACCAGGACCAGCACGUGGUGUCCUCGUCCACGGGCUGCGGCCUGGACUGCGGCGACAUCAAGGAGGAGGCCUCGGACUACACGAGCCUCCUGGACAACGAGGACAUCGCCGCGCUCAUCGGGUCGGCCAUCGCGGACACCACGGUGCCCAGCGUGGUGGACAGCGUCAACGACGUGGGCGACGCGUCACGGGACUCCUGGAUGGACCUGGACGCGUGGAUCGACACGGCCUGCUCCAACGACACCAAGUCCACCAUGCUGCCCGUGUCGCUGCAGGACUUCUCGGGCUCGCAGUUCUCCGUGAGCCCGCCCCCGCCCGCGCCCACGGCCACGCCGGUGUCGCAGGGCUCGCAGGGGUCGCAGGGGUCCGGGUCGACGCCCACCACGCUGCAGUCGCUGCUGGGCUACCCGGUGCAGCAGCAGCCCAUGCUGGUGAAGCGCGAGGCCACCACGUCGUGCUCCUCGUUCACGUCGAGCGGGCUGCUGGCCGUGAAGCGCGAGGCCACGACGUCGUCCUUCGCGGGGCCGCCGGGGCCGGCGUCGUCCCUGCUGCACAGCCGCCUGCAGAACGGGCCUCCCCCCGCGGCGCGCGCGCCGCCCAGCCCGCCCUCGCACGUGGUGUCCACGACGGACCCCAGCCACGGCCUGCGCUACCACUACUCGCCCACGUCCACCACGCCCAGCCCCGCCGGCAGCAAGAAGUCGCGGAACCGCAGCAAAAACAAGAACAGCAGCACCAGCUCGUCCAGCUCCGUGGCCUCCAGCUCCAGCCUGGUGUACACGGCGGACGGGCUGCUGGGCAAGGAGAAGCCCGUGCACCGGUGCAACAUCUGCUCGCGGGGCUUCCUCAACAAGAGCAACAUCAAGGUGCACCUGCGCACGCACACUGGCGAGAAGCCCUUCCGUUGCGAGGUGUGCGGCAAGGCGUUCCGGCAAAAGGCGCACCUGCUCAAGCACGCCAUGAUCCACAAGCGCAUCGGGCGCGACGACCCGCACGGCUACCCGCACGAACUGCGCUGCGACUAGCUAGCUAGCCGGACCAAAGUGCGACGUCGCCCGCAGUGAAAACGACUUGCUGUGCCGGCCGCGCUAGCGUGGCGUUGCGGUGUGACAGUGCGUUUGUGUGAGUGUGUGCGUGAGUGAGUGAGUGAGUGAGUGUGUGAACGUGGGUUUGCGGCUGUCCUGGUGUACAGUUUUUUAACGUAAUAUUUUAUUUCUCUUGUCGGUUGUGAUUCGCCUUGUUUUCUGUUGGCUAUGCUGUAAUUUAUUAUUCUGUUUUUUUUUUUGUUUGCAUAUUAUAUUUAAAUAGUUUUAAUGUGCGGUUGUAUUGAUGUUUCGUAGAUUAAAUUAAAACUCGGGUACCUUCUCUGACACCUUGGAAUCAGGCCGCACUACAACGAGGCCGCUAUGUCACUAAACAGCAAUCGCAAAUGAUAUUUGUCAAUUUUGAGUCUCUUAAAAUUAAUAUUAGGUUUUUAGCAUAAGGGCCCACACAAAUAUAAACAGUAUUAAACUUUUGAUGCGCCAAGUUGACAACAUUCAAGUUUUGAGCGUUGGGCAACUGCUUGUCCACCUGUUUACUCUUCUUCAGACGUGUAUGUUUGAGGUGAUAGCCUCCUAUUCUUUAACUUAUUUAUUUCCAAGCAGAAUAGUUUAACAGGCUAUCACGUCAAAUGUUCGAACAAGUUUCUGAAUGAAAAGAAAACGAAUGUCGAAAGCACUUUGGCCGUGUAGCUCCAGAGCUAGUUUUUAAUGGCGAAGGAUCUUCAUUUUAUUCGACAGUUAAGGUUUGAAUCGCGGGCUAGUAACCAAAGUGGUGCAUGACUGAGAUUAGAUGAUACUAACGGAAGCGUUGUUUGUCAUCGAAAUAAGCUCCUUUCGGAUUUUAUGAAUUGUGUGAAAAAUUCACUCUAAGGCGAUUUGUUAGUUUGUUUUUGUUCUUUGCCAGGACCGUACUAAAUCGUAAUGUUCUUAAUUAAUGCUUUACUGUGCGCUGUGGGCCGAUGGCGGCCGAUAGCCCAAUCGGGAACGAACCUCGCUAGUGGUCCCUCAGGGUGUUGGAUGCGCUGGGACGGGAGCUGAUCUCAACCCUGGAAUCUCCACUACGCAAGAUCAUCAAUUGUUGACUUUUUUACUUUUGUAUAUUGUUGUAUAAUUAAACCGUGCAAUCUCUUUGUGUUGAAAUUACUUGCUGAGUCUAAGACUGUGAUCGUCCCCGUCGCACAACCCUUCUUUGGGAAAUCGGUACUUUCAGUAUCGUUGGUACAAACUUCUACACUUCCCUUGUUUAAGGCCUAAUUUAUUGUUGGUAAAAGAAAUUAUUCUUCUCUCUAUGAACAGAUCUGAGACCCAAGUCUGAUGAGACACGUACUACAAUAUUGGUUCCAUCUUCAUAGAUUGUACAUAGAAAUAAAUAUUAUUUUGUAUACUUCUUGUAUAUACCUAGAUGAUAAAAAAUUAUUUAUAUAUUAUAAUAUGUUUCUAAUGUUUCUUUUUUUCCUGUAUGCUCUGUUGUCAUUACCUUCUUAAAGUAGCAGUCCUUGUCAUUGCAACACUGUACACUCUCCUUUAUGGCAAACACAACGAAUGUAAAAAUGCAAUUUUAUUUAUUUUGAGUAAAAGAUAUUGUGAUUUUUGAAACCGAUGUACUUCUGGAUUCUUUGUUGUCCCUCUGCAAUUUAGUAAAUUAAAAAUUUCGAUUUUGCAUGAAUUUGAGCCCUGUCGCAAAGCGUGGUUGUUCUCUCUCACUAAAAUUACAGAACGACCUACCGCCAAAAUUGUAACUUUUUAAACAAAAAAAAACAUGUACUUCCUAAAUUGCGACACCCAAGAUACCGCUGUACAUUGACUGUGUUGUUUUCUUUAUUAAAGUAAGAAGUUGUUGAACAAA